AAUACGCAUCUAAUUCAAGUAGUGGAUGCUAACCUAACCCAUCUUUCUACCAGACUGAUAUCUUCUGCCUUCUGCCUUUGAUGGUCUCACAUUGUUGUUGUGUUAUGGCCGCGCGUGAAAGUUCGAAUGAGCGUUGUUUUGAGAAGAACAUUAAGUCGAUAUACGUUGUAUAUUUUUUAGGAUAUUAGUUGUGCGUAGAAUAAAGAGUAUUCGACAUGAAAUGCGUCGUACCCGGCGGAAACGUCAAAAUCUUGGCAAAGGCAAUACAUACGUUAGCAAAGAUUGGCGACGAAGUAUAUGUGAAUCCGCAAAAGGAGUCAGUCUCUUUUCGCACUGUCAACAUGGCAAAAUCGGCGUAUUCCGACUUCAUGUUCCACAAAAACUUCUUUUCCUACUACACUCUUGGAGACCUCUCAGAAGGAGAGGCACAGAAGUGUAAAAUUUCAAUGAGGAGCGCAAUGACAGUCUUCAAAUCUGCACAUACAAUAGAUAAGCAAGUGGAAACUUGUCAUAUUCAUUUAGAGAUAGAUGCCUGCAAUUUAGUGUUCAUCUUUAAAUACAAAAAUGGUAUUAAGAAGUCUCAUCUGACGCCCAUUCUGGAUACUGAAAAUUUACAAGUAUCAUACACUAAGGAUGGUAUGGUCAAUGAAUUGACGUCGCGGGCUCGAACGUUAACGGACGCUCUGCAGAAUUUUGCACAAACUUUGAUCGAAAUAACACUCGAGAUAACGCCACAUAAAUUGUUGUUUAGGAACUAUGUGGACGAAGCAUCAGUUAUGGUAAAUACUACACGUACCCAGCUGGCUCUUGGUAGCGGAGAGUUUGAUCGCUACACCAUUGGCAACGAGACAAGUGUUACGUUUUGUUUGAAAGAGCUCAGAGCGUUACUCGGCUUCAGUGAAAACGUAGGUGUCCCCAUUACUGCGAGUUUCGGAACAUCGGGGAGACCAAUAUUAUUUAUACUGAAGAGUCAAGCUUUCGAGGCAAAUAUGCUGAUGUCAACUCUGAGUCCAGAGGGUGACAAUCAAUCAGAUUCGUCGGUUGUCAGCAGGAAAAUUCAGUCUGCUCGAAGAAAGAAUGCUUCUUCAAAGAGUAUAUCCCGCAACAACAAAUCCUCUACUCGAUCGAAAAAACCUGUCAACCAUCAAAUUGAUGAUAUGUUUAAGAAUAAGUCACUAGAAAAGAAAAAUCAAUUGAAUCAAACAUGCAACCAAAACGGAAAUGUUUCUGUGGGCGUCAUUUCUGCAAAAGCGAAUAAUUCUAUAAAUGAUAUCCGAGAAAACAAUUUGCAUACAGAGGAACAGAGUCGUCACUCUGUCGCGUUUAAUCCUAUCAGCACAUCUUCGACGACUAAUAGAAAGAUUUCGGAGGGUGACCGAAAACUAGUAAAUUCAGUAUUUUCUAGUAUCACAAAAAGAAAAUCAACAAAUGACGAAAAGAAUUGUAAGAAGAAAGAAGAUCCAAUAGAUUGUAUUGACUUGGAGGAAGAUGUGCCACGGUCGCCGUCACCACGUCGAGUGUCUAAGAAAGCGAGAGUAGUAUUUCAAAAGUGCUUUGAAAAUACUUUUGAUCCGCGAAUGUUACCUGGUCAUGACACUAUCCUAGUAGAAGAUUCCGAUGAGAAUAAUAGUGAUUAAGUGUUAUCUCGUGAGAUUUCGAAGAAUUUUUAUAACAAUAAAGGUCAGAGAAAAAUUUAUUCAAUAAUAAAAUACUGUAUAAUUUCAUAACAGAUUUUUCGGGAGAAUUAACCAAGAUAAUGUUAAAAAUAAAUUAUUUUAUUAUUUAUUUUGUGAAUAACUUUUUAUUUUAAUCAGUAGGUUUUUUGUGAAAAACGAUAUGCAUUACAAUUUGGUAAUUGCAGAUUCAGUUUUUAUAUAAUUUUAUAUCAAGAUUAAAUGGAGAGAUUUGAAACUGUAUUACGUUAUUUUGAUGUUAAGUGAUUCAUUUGUGCAGACUCAUUACUCUUGGUUAAUUGGUCUAUUUUUAAAGUAAGUUAAAAUAAGUUGUAAAAAUGUAAAUAAAGAAUCUUUAUAUAAGAAA